AUGAUAAGUUCAACAGGCUCUCUUACAGCGGUCCCAACAUCAUCCGCAGUGAAGAUGCCAUCGAGUGGGGGAAUGAAGACAGGUGCUAAGAUUGGGACAGUCAUUGGAGUAAUUGGCGGAUCUGCAAUCAUCGGCUUCCUCUUUUACUUCUUAAUCUUCCUUCUAAAACACCGAAAGCAAGAAAAGUAUAACGCCCAGCGCGUGGCACAGAUCCAAGCCAAAGUUGGGAGGACCUUUAGCUCUGACCACAGCGGCAACGGAAGCUUCGACAGACUAGAGUCGAGAAGUUUAACAGCUGGCUUCGACAUCUCUCGGUCGGCGACACCGAACUUGAGGACAGAAAGCGAAAGGCGGCCCUUACCUCCUCUUCCUUCCCAGUACGAUACGGGUACUCAGCAAUCCUACGAACCCUAUCAGCAUCUUUCGCGGCCAUUGACUCAUGAGCUGCGAAACUUGGAGCCACUGACUAUUGCUCAACAUACGCAACUUCCGUCGCAUUAUUCAUUUUCAGGCCCGCCCGUAACAAGUCCUGUGAGUCCUACGGAUAUGGUGGCCCCUCCUCGAAGGGCGACUCCCGUACAAGAAUUCGCCGCCGCGCAACUUCCCUCACAUUUUUCGUUCUCGGGGCCGGCUGUCACAAGCCCUGUCACAAGCCCAACGGAGGGCUCCAAUGAGCCACCUCCAAGGUUGACUCCCGCUCAACAAUACGCCGCCGCACAACUCCCUCCGCAUUUUUCGUUUCAAGGGCCGCCUCCGCCUGUCACGAAUCCCGUCAGUCCCAUAGAGGACCCGACUCGGAGACCAGCUGGAAUACAAGAGAUGGCUGCUGCACAGCUGCCGUCGCAUUAUUCGUUUUCGGGUCCGCGUAGUGAUUUUGUAAGGCCCGUUGAUGUUCCUGCGAGGAAGAUGACUCCUGCACAAGAACUUGCAUCUGCGCGUUUGAGGUCGAAUAUGUCGCCAAUGGGAUUGGCGGGAAUGGAUGAUUAA